AUGGUAGGGUAUGAAAAAUAUGACAAUAUAUCUCAAACUCAAAAAUUAUUAGCUGGCUGUUUCUCUGGCGUCCUUACUCGGUUCAUUACUCAACCUUUGGACGUUGUCAAAGUACGGCAACAACUGCAGCCGAAGAUUAUCGUGAGAUGCAAAAAACGAAUGUUUAGCACUACUAGAAAGAUUUUCAAGGAGGAAGGUAUUAAGGCAUUUUGGCAAGGCUACACACUUGGUCAGUUACAAUCGAUUUGUUCCGUAACUUGCCAAUUCUAUGUGUAUGAGUUAACCACAAAACAAUUAGAAGAUAGUAAUGUAGACAGCAAAUACAAACCUAUGUUAAGGUUCUGUUGUGGUACUUUAGCGGGCGCAGCCAGUGCGUCUCUUGCGAUGCCUUUAGAGGUGGGUCCUGCUGCGGGUAUUUCCUUCAGCGUGUUCCGUUAUAUGCAGCCGCUGAUCCUCAGAUUUCUUGGAGAUUGCGCCACUGACGACUGCAGGCACGGCCCAGGCAACAUGUAUAAGCCAGAACACUUGCUUAUAGCCAGUUCGGUCGCGGGUGCAGUGGCUGGAUUUGUCUCCAAGACUUUGACUUACCCAUUUGAUCUUUCCCAUAAAGAGGACAGAAAGUACAAUACAUCGAGCACAUCGAGAAACUUAAUAAAAUGUAAGAGCCUCAUAAGUUGCCUGAGAGACUCUUACCAAUCGGAAGGUGUUAAAGGUCUUUUCAGAGGUUGGAAGAUAACAAUUUGUAAGGCGCAAGUGACCAGUGUGGUGGCAUUUACAACAUACGAGCUAGCGUGUUACGCUAUCAGAGAAGUUGAUGUUAGGUAG